AAGAAUGGAUCGUAAUCGAUCAAUUCAUGAGCCGAUCCUCUCACACGAGAAGACAACAUUUGUGCACCAACGGGAGGACUCAGCGCAUGCAGUGACGGACGUCCCUCCAGAUCGGACAUCACCGUCUCAUGACACGUGGAGGAAGACCGCGCUCGCUUCUAUCCAUCUGGCUGGGCCAAUGGCUUCGAUCUGCGUUGGCCGCAGGGGCGAUCCCCCGUUUCCUACUUGUCAAAUACAGGUCGACCUGACCCCCGCCUCCGAUCCUACGCGGACACGAGACGGGAACCAGCGAACGGAGCGGGCUUCGACUGCGGUGCUUCUUGAGAUUGCGAACUUGGAGUUUGGGAAAAAAUUGAUUCCUCGAUCCUCUGAUCUUCUUGUGGGACGAUGCAACCUGCAGCCAUGUCGAUCGUGUGCGGAAACCCCACGGUGUGUGCAGCAGCAGCCUCCCCGUCAAUUGCUGCGCCAAAGCAUGGUGUUUCAACGAGAAGGACGAGUCUCGCCCACGUGAGGGCGAACACACGCUUCCCGACACUGAAAGUGCAGGCGCAACCAGCGGAACAGGAGUUGACAUUCAAUUACGAGGGCCAAAAGACGACGGUAUUUCCGGCCGAGGCAUGCGACGAGUUAGGAGAGGAGUACUGCGGAAUGGAGGGAGUAGGAAAGGAGGUGAAGCCAAAAGCCCAGGCUAUCAGCGAAGAGAAGCCUUCAUCUGAGGCUGGUGUAGAUCGUGAAUACGAAGAAUACAAGGGUGAUAAAACAGUGUUCCCUGGUGAGGCUUGUGAUGAGCUGGGAGGAGAGUUCUGCGACCCAGAGUAUCAAAAGGAUGUAUUCCCAGAGAAGAAGUGAGAAUAACGGCUUAGGUGCGGACUGUGGGCCCUUGUAUGUAGCAAUGUACAUAUGAUGGUGCAGUGUUUACCCGUUGAAAUAUAGGGUCUAGUUGCGAGGGAAUAUCUGCACAAGACUGUUGACGCAGACAGUUUGUUUGCUGUAGAAGAAGACGAGCUCAAAAUAGCUUCAUGUCAUUAUAGCCAGGAAAAAAUUGUACACUAAUAUUGAGCUUUAAAUGCUUUUAAGAAGCGGUGUAGCAAACUCCUCCCUUGACUCUGGUGUUCUGAUCUUUCUGUUAAG